AUGUUACCCUUCAUCCAUAAGCCUUUCGAGCUUCUCGCUUCACGCCUCGGCGCAUCUCCAGACGAACUCAAGCUCGUCUUCUCAUUCCUCAUAUCAUACCCUCUAGCCGGCUUGCUCAAACGAGUUCCCGACUCUAGGCCUGACCUCAAAAACCUCUUCAUAAUAAGUACCUCCACUUUCUACCUAGUCGGCCUUUUCGACUUAUGGGAUGGAGUGCGCACCCUGGCUAUAGCCUCUGCCGGCAUCUACAGCAUCGCAAAGUAUCUGCGCACUAGCCCAUUCAUGCCAUGGGUCGGUUUCACUUUUCUCAUGGGCCACAUGUCCAUAAGUCACAUCGCUCGUCAAGUGGCCAACAGCCCGUCUUCCAUCGAUAUUACUGGCGCUCAGAUGGUGCUUCUGAUGAAGCUUAGCGGUUUCUGCUGGAAUGUCGCUGAUGGCCAGCUACCAGACGACCAGGUGUCUGAAUACCAGAAAGAGAGGAGGUUGAUCGAACUUCCAAGUAUCAUGGACUACGCUGGCUACGUCCUCUUCUUUCCUUCGCUCUUUGCCGGACCUGCUUUCGACUACACCGACUAUCGCAAAUGGUUAGACACCACAAUGUUUGACCUUCCGGCCAAGGUCGACCCCUCAAAGAAGCCUCCUGUUAGGAAGAAGAGGAAGAUCCCUCGCAGUGGCACACCCGCUACUUUGAAAGCUGCUAGCGGCCUGGGCUGGAUUUCUCUUUUCAUGGUUCUGUCCGGUUACUACCCUAUCACCUACUUGACGAGCCCUUCGUACAUGAAUCAUGGGUUUUUCCACAGGGUCUGGAUUCUUCACAUGGUCGGGUUUACCGCCCGUUUGAAAUACUACGGAGUCUGGUGCUUGACUGAGGGCGCUUGUAUCUUGGCUGGCCUGGGCUACAACGGUGUCGAUCAUGUCACCGGUAAAGUGUCGUGGAACAGAUUGCAAAACAUCAACCCUUGGGGUGUCGAGACAGCCCAAAACACGCGCGCCUACCUAGGCAACUGGAAUAUCAAUACCAACAAUUGGCUGAGGAACUAUGUGUACCUUCGGGUUACGCCCAUUGGAAAAAAACCAGGUUUCCGCGCAAGCCUUCUCACGUUCAGCACCAGCGCUCUUUGGCACGGCUUUUAUCCCGGGUAUUAUAUGAGCUUCAUCCUCGCCAGCUUCAUCCAAACUGUAGCCAAGAAUUAUCGCCGCUAUUUUCGUGCUUUCUUCCUCGACGCCAAUAGCGGUGCGCCAACUCCCAAUAAGGUCUACUACGACGUCCUCUCACUCUUCGUCACUCAAAUUGGCAUGUCCUUUGUUGUCAGCCCUUUUCUUGUUCUCGAGUUCUCCGGCUCGGUCCAGGUGUGGGCUCGUGUCUACUUCUAUACCAUUGUCGGCACUGUGCUCUCCAUGGCCUUCUUCGCCUCUCCAGCAAAGCAGGUGCUUCGGAAGCAACUCGAGGCACGUCAAGGCAAAGGGGGCGCUAGGCUUACUCGCACGUUGAGCCAAGAUAGUCUUUCAGGCCGAGAACCAGUCUUGGGCGUGUCGCCGGAUCUUCAACGAGAGAUCGACGAGGCUAUGGAGGAGAUCAAGGCUGAGGUGGAAGCUAGACAAAGAAGCAAGGCUGCUUGA